AUGUUGAAGGACAUUAUAUGCACGAUUAAAAAGCAGCAGCAAGAUGUGAUCGGCUUCUUGGAAGUCAACAAGAUUGAGUUUGAAGAGAAAGACAUUGCGGCCAACGAAGAGAACCGCAAAUGGAUGAGAGAGAACGUCCCAGAAGACUGUCGUCCAGCCACCGGGAAUCCAUUGCCCCCUCGAAUCUUUAAUGACAGCCAGUACCUUGGGGAUUAUGACGCUUUCUUUGAAGCUAGAGAGAAUAAUGCCGUCUAUGCUUUUUUAGGCUUGACUGCCCCACCUGGUUCAAAGGAAGCAGAAGCACUAGCAAAACAAGAGGUGUGAAGCCUUCCUUCCUUCCUUCCUCCCAACCUCAAGCCUUAAAAUUUCUGCAAAGAGAAAAAUUCUGCAGCGUUUCCCCUUUACAAUAGCAAAAAACCAAGGCACUUGGAGGAAAAAAACCGAAAGGUUUUGUUGUUUUCCCCAAAAUUACUGGCUGCUCUCUACAAUAUUCUGCCACAUAGGUUUAACAGGAAGCCACACCAAAUAGUAUUAUCAUUAUGGAUGAUAAUAAUAAAUAACAAAUGUGCCACAAUCGAGAGAGAAAGAAAUCAAAUGGAGCUUCUAGAAACCCUUGAUUGAAUUUUGACUCUUGCAAUGGAUAUGAUUUAUUCUCUGGCAAUUGCACAAAAGUCCUCACCGCCACCCACCCACCCUUUUUUUUUGUGGUAAACUUAACAAAAGCCUUGUAUUUUUGCUCUCCGCGACACAGAACUAUAAUUAUACUUGCAGAUGCAGAGAAAAUCUAGCUGCAAAAAUGUUUAUUAAUAAACCCCAGUGCCUCUGCUGCUUCAAAAACAGAAAUGAAAAAUAAGAUGUCCUGAAGUUGACUUUUCUUUUAAUGGUUAUUAUUUCUAAAAGUUGCAAGGAAGCAUAGCAUUGUAGUUGCAAUUGCUUGCUGUGAUUAGGAUAUUUGUAGACUUGUUCUUUUGUUAUCUCGUAGCGUAGAUUGAUGCCAUUGGAGUCUCAUUGAUGGAAUAAGGGCAGGAUUUAUCAGGGUUCAUCAGAACACAAUAACUGUCUUAGGGAAAGGUAAGAUUUUUUUUUUUUUUGGCAGUCUUAGUAAAAUGUGCAUUUCUAACCCUCCGGAUUUAUGAAAACAGCAAAAUAAGUUUUUUUUUUCUCUAAAAUGUGAAGCAAAUGGGGCCAAAAUACUUUUUUUUUUUAAAUUAAAAAACGAGUUCAAGUAAUGACGAAUUAGAAUAAAACUUAGUUUGACACAUUUAAGUUUGUAACAUGUUUCUGUGUAAGAUGAAAUAUAUCAAAGUCAAGGGUCCAAUAUGAAAUAAAACUGAAUAAAAGUCAUUUCCAGGAAUGAAGCUUGUAGGUCUCUAUGAUACAGGAAGUUCAGCUGGUUUUUUUCCAGUCUGGUUUUGCAAUGCUGUGAAGUUACCUUUAGCAGUUUGUCAAAAUCCUAAUAUUUUCACUUACGUGCAGCAAAAUGAUCAAAGUUUCAGGCAAGAACCCCACCCCAAGAAACAUAGUCGUUACAAAUAAUACUGAAAAAUAUGUGUGUCUCCCUCCUAUGGAUUUGGAAAGGUGUAGAAAUGCAACUGAAUCUCAAAGCCUUAAUCAAAUUAUAUCAAGAUAGAUAUAUCCAAUAGAAGGGACUAUAUAUAGCUCAGGG